AUGAAGGUCCCCUCCCCCAUCCUCUUCAGUGCGUUGUCCGCCUUCACCACGCUCAUCUCGGCCCAGCUCGUCGUCCAAGACUCAACUUCCGACAUCCACCCCCUUCCCCUCCCCCAGUCUCAGCCAUCGUACACUCUCGAGGUCUUGGAGGACGAUGUUUGGCCGCCUAAGGGGAAUGUCAAAGUCCACUUGUCCACAGAACGGACAUUUCUCCUGAACGUCCCUGAUGACUAUGUAGAUGGGGAAGAACACCCUGUUGUGUUCUCUUUCCAUGGAGCCGGAGGAUACAGCGAGAAACAACAACGUAUCACCGAGCUCUCCGAUCCCACCCUCAAGAUCGCCGGGAAAUCGUUCUUGACCGCCUAUGCUCAAGGGGUAAACAACACGGAUUGGAAUAUGACUCAUAUCUGGAAAGGCGCGCCGUAUGAGAACAAGACUGUUGAUGAUAUUGGAUACGUCUACGACAUGAUCAAAGUUGUCUCCGACAUCUGGACUAUCGACCACCGCCGUCUUUACGCCUGCGGCAAAUCCAACGGUGGCGGCUUUGCAGCCCUCCUCGCUUGCCGCCCCGACACUUCCGCCCUCUUCGCCGCCUUCCUCCCCGUCUCGCCCGCCCUCUACCAAGGCGUCUACUCUUUCCACGGCUGUCAACAAGACCGCGCCGUCCCGAUCCUCCAAGUCCACGGUGUCGAAGACGUCAUUACCCCCUUUUACGGCCGUACCCCGGAAGGUGGCUCAUUCGGCCCCGAACCUGAUAUCAGACUCUGGCGGCGCGAGUGGGCUCUGCGCAACGGGUGCGUCGGGCGGUGGCCGGGGCAGUACCCCGAACCCGAGGUUCAGGAGAUAUAUGAGGGGGUGUGGGAGGAAGUUUGGGAUUGUGAGAAGGGGGAGGUGAGGGCGUUGAGUGUGGAGGGGUUGGGGCAUGCGUGGCCGAGUACGUUGGGGUUGGAUUUGGCGGGGAGGCCGAACCAGACUGCGAGCUUUAAUUUGACGAGCCCGUAUCUUGUAGAUUUCUUUUCGAAGCAUCAGCUUCCGUAA